AUGGGGUCCCUCUCGCUUUUCUCCGUCAAUGCCGUCCUUGUAAUGUCGGCCGACGACGGCUCUCGCAUCUUCGCAAAGUACUACUCCCCACCUCACACCCCGGCCGGCGUUGCGCCUAAUUCCACCGACUACCCCGGAGCGAACCCCUAUCCCACCCUCAAAGAGCAGAAGGCGUUCGAGAAGGGGCUUUUAGAGAAGACCAACAAGCAGACAAGCGAUGUGAUUUUGUACGACAACCGGAUUGUCGUAUUCAAGCUUGAGAGCGAUGUGAUGCUUUACGUGGUUGGCGGCGCUGAGGAGAAUGAAGUCCUGCUCUACAAUGUUGUUCUUUCGCUGAGGGAUGCUUUGGGGAUACUGUUCAAGGGCGCUACGGAUAAACGCACAAUCGUCGAGAACUACGACCUAGUCGCCUUGGCCAUCGACGAGAUCAUUGACGACGGUAUUAUUCUUGAGACCGAUCCCGUUCUGAUUGCCUCUCGCGUCAGCCGCGCGCCUGCUCCCGAUGCACCGAACCUGAAGAGCAUCGACCUCUCCGAACAAGGUCUCCUCAACGCCUGGGAGCUUGGAAAACGGCGCCUGGCGGAGGGAUUGCGGCAAAUGUAG